UGUACCUGGAGCCCUGACCCAGGACCCUGGCCCAGCCGUACCUGGAGCCCUGACCCAGGACCCUGGCCCAGCCGUACCUGGAGCCCUGACCCAGGACCCUGGCCCAGCCGUACCUGGAGCCCUGACCCAGGACCCUGGCCCAGCCGUACCUGGAGCCCUGACCCAGGACCCUGGCCCAGCUUUACCUAGAGUGCCUCACCCGGCUGUGUGGGAGUGUGGAGGGGGAGGCGUCCGACAUGCCCACCCUCAGCCUGGGUCAGCUGCCCACCCUCAGCAGCCUGGGUCAGCUGUGCAGCAUGAGCCGCAGCCAGACCGUGAAGCGCUCAUCCCUGAAAGGCAAGCCCUCGGUGAAGCGCAUGUCGCUCAUCGAGGACGGACAUGUGGCAGAGGUGCUCUACCUCAUCCCCAAACAGUACAUGCUGCAGCUGCCCGACUUCAACCCCAGCGACUACUACCUGAGCGACAGACUGACGGACGUGGCCUCUGUGGCCCAUGCGCAGGACACGCCACCCUCAGACAAGCCCCUGAUCCAGUGCUACAAGUGUGGGGAGCCAUGCAAGGGGGAGGUGCUGCGCGUGCAGGCCAAACACUUCCACCUGAAGUGCUUCACCUGCAAAGUGUGUGGCUGUGACCUGGCCCAGGGGGGGUUCUUCAUGAAGGGGGGGGAGUACCUGUGUACGCUGGACUACCAGAGGCUGCAUGGCACCCGCUGCCACGGCUGUGGAGACUUCGUAGAGGGGGAGGUGGUGACCGCGCUGGGCAAGACCUACCACCCUGCCUGCUUCAUCUGCUCCCUCUGCAGACGGCCGUUCCCAGCUGGAGACAGGGUGACCUUCAACGGUAAAGACUGUCUGUGUCAGUACUGUGUCCAGCCCACAUCCCCUGGACCCAAGGACAUCAUCGGCUCUAGCAACUGUGUGGGCUGUGGUAGAGACAUCAAGAACGGCCAGGCUCUGCUUGCUCUGGACAGACAGUGGCACCUGGGAUGUUUCAAGUGCAAGUCUUGUGGCAGAGUCCUGACAGGAGAGUACAUCAGCAAGGAUGGUGCCCCCUACUGUGAGAAGGACUACCAGAUCAACUUUGGUGUGCAGUGUGAGGCGUGUCAUCAGUUCAUCACAGGCAAGGUGUUAGAGGCAGGAGACAAGCACUACCACCCCAGCUGUGCUCGGUGCAGUAGGUGUAACCAGAUGUUCACCGAGGGAGAGGAGAUGUACCUGCAAGGGUCGACUGUGUGGCAUCCAGGCUGUAAGAACUCCACCAGGACGGAGGAGCGACACAAGAACAAGCCUGCCAGCUCGUCGUCUGAGAGUAUCUGUUCCCGACCUGGUUCAAGCAUUCCUGGCUCACCAGGUCACACCAUCUAUGCAAAAGUAGACAAUAAGAUCCUUGAUUACAGGGACCUAGCUGCCAUUCCCAAAGUCAAAGCCAUUUAUGAGAUAGAGCGCCCUGAUCUGAUCACCUAUGAGCCCAUGUACACCACCGCCCUGGACGGCCUCGAGGACAGGCCCAGGGUGGCCGAGAUCCACACUGCCAGCAGAGGGCGCUCUCCUGUACCUGAUGACAGGUUCUCCAGGAUCAUGUCUCCCACCCCCUCAGCCGAGGGCACCUCUGAGAGGAGGGAACGCAUUCUCCAGAGGUCAACCAGUCAGGGCUCCAUCGGUUCACCUGGUUACAAUCGCCAUAGUUACACACCCACGUUGUCACGGUCACCGCAGCAUUUUCACAGACCAGAUCAGGGGAUCAACAUCUACAGAAAACCACCCAUCUACAAACAACACGAUCCAGCCGCCGUAGCGCCCCAAAGAAAGUCUGAUGACAUCAUCAGAUCCUCCACCUUCCCCUCCGCCCACACUCCGUCUCCAGACGGCUGCCCUCAGAGUGGAGGCGACUGCUGGCCCUGCUCCCCCCCGCGUGCUGCCCCUGGGUCAGAAGGGAGGAAACGGUCCAGGGAAGAGGAGGAAGAGGAGGCUUUGAAACGAAAACAGAUUCAGGAGGAACACCUUAUCAAGAUCCAGUCUGGGUUAGGAAAGCUCAUCCUGAAAGAGGAGAAGGAGAAGGAGCUGACCAGAGAGAAGGAGCUGACCAUAGAGAAGGAGCUGACCAGAGAGGAUCUGACCAGAGAGGAUCUGACCAGAGAUAAUCUGACCAGAGAGCGUCCCUCCCGUAGCCUGUCCACCCCCCGCUCUGACUCCACCCCCCGCUCUGACUCCACCCCCCGCUCUGACUCCACCCACACCAACUGUGACGGAGGCAGGGCCCCCCCUAUGUUUGCCUUCCUGUUUCAAUGUGUCAUUAUACUGUUUAUACGUAUUGAAAUCAAUGCAUUAUUAAGUAUAAAAGGGGAUUGUUUAUUUAUAUGUGCUUCCAUACUUACAUUGUUAUGCUCACAUUUGGCCAUUGCACAUGAAGCACAGAGAAUUAUGAUAUUCGGAUACUUGUCCCUGUCAAACUGGCAGUUUUGUUUUCUGUUCUCUAUUGUUGAACUAAAAUGUUUUGUUUCAACUUUUUCAGAAGCAACCUCUCCCACUAAGACAUCAUCUCUACCUGGCUAUGGCAGAAAUGGACUGCACCGGCCCCAGUCCACUGACUUCACCAUGUACAACAUGUACAACAGCUAUGGGGACAUGUGUGGGGGAGGUCGAGAGUUUCAGCACAUAAAGGAUGGCCGUGCAGCGAUUGCCAGAAUGGACAGGGGAGUAUCUAUGCCUAAUAUGUUGGAGCCAAAAGUCUAUCCAUAUGAAAUGCUCAUGAUCACCAGUAGAGGGCGAGCUAAGCUUCCCAGAGAGGUGGACAGAACCAGACUUGAGCGCCACUUAGCGCCUGAAACGUUCUUUGACAUCUUUGGAAUGGAGAUCCAGGAGUUUGACAGGCUUCCUCUUUGGAAACGCAACGACAUGAAAAAGAAGGCCAAGCUCUUCUAACAGUCAGGGCUGCAUGUAUACUGUACAUUCAAUCACACUGUGCAGUACAUACUGUAAUAUAGAUGUAGACAUUCUUUUUCUUCAUCUCCUACUAUUUUAUGACAUUUACAAGGAAGAAUGAAUGAUUUAUUUUUCUCUGAAGCUUCCAGAGAUCUGAGUGUGUGAUUGAACAGACUUGCUCACGAGGUCACAGGGAAUGAGAAUAAAAACAACUUCUUCCAUGUUCAAAAAUGACAAAGAAUGAGAAAGACUAAUCAGUCUGGUCAUGUUGCUUUUGACUGCGCUUGUUUGUUUUGUUUCUUGCUUUGCGUCGAGUGGAACUGCUUUCCUUUCUGUCCUGCUUAUCUCCUGUGUUGCUGUUGAUUCCUGUGGAACUGUGUUAGCUUAACUAUGUUAGCUGAACCUCACGACACCAUAGGAGAAAGAACAACCACAGUUCUCAAGCCGGACUGAUGCGAGAGGCUUGCAGCGUAGCCCUCACAUUACCACAAACAUUUUAGUCCAAUGUUGAUAUCAAAUGGAUGGAUUCAAUGUGUCUUCAUGAAACAAACAGUGGCUGAUUGUGAGGCUUGUGCUAGCUAGCGUGAAUACCCAGUCCCACUGUUUCCUUUGGCUCUGCACUGUGGAGAUUUGGUUGUUCCGAGCUUGUUCCUGUCAUCAGUACUGUAUACCCAGGACAUGUGCUAGUCACUCCAAACAUAAACACAAAUUACACUGCUUCUCUCAGGCUUCCAGGCCAGAUAAGAUUAUGUUUUUCUCAGUUGAUUUGGAACAGCCACUUCUUCUCCAAAUGUUUUAAUUAUUCAGUAACCACCACAUGAGCAGAUAUAUUCAGCAACCACCACAUGAACAGAUAUAUUCAGCAAUCAUCACAUGAGCAGAUAUAUUCAGCAACCACCACAUGAGCAGACCCAUAUUCAAUGUAAGAGCUAAACUGUAUUUGAAUCUGUUUUAUAACUGAAACCCACACUGCCAUUUGUUGUAUUGAAUUCUAAGCCAAUAAAGCUUGAAAUCCCGUCGUUUAGAGACCCUGA